AAACCCACCAGUGCAGGUCCACCUGUGUUCAAAUCGUGAUGAUGUUUGUCAACUGUGCACGUUCUGAGAUCCCAUCCAGACCUUGCUGAAUCUCCAUCGCUGGGGCUGAGACCUAGAAAUCUGCAUCUUAAAAAGUUCCUGGGUCGGGUGGGAGAGGGGCGGGAUUCUAAACAUCCCAAAGCUCACAAGCCCUGGUCCCCAGGGCACUCAUAAGGCACAGGCCCCAACAGGAAAAUCCUGAUUCAUGCCCUGGCCCUGCCCCCUUGGCCCUUCUAUCAGGCAAUUCAAAGUCUCCAGGCCCGCAAGUUACUGAUUAACCCUGGGUUUCAAGGAAAGAAAUAAUAAUAACUGAAGGGACAACGUGAGCCAAGAAACAAGCUGAGCAGCCCUGGGAGAGUGGAGCCAGACGGCUGAUGACGAGAAGGAAAAGAGACUUGAGACGCCCAGCCUGAGGUCAGACCACAUCCACGUCCCACGGACAGCAGCGGACACUCCCUGUCAAUGUUCAGGCCCUGAGCUGCUGCGUCCCAGUGGCCACCGUGCCCAGAAUGGCCAGCACUGGGUUUCCGCAGCAGCCCCAGCUUCUCUCCAAAGAAGCCACCACCUCCAACACCGAGGGCCCCGCUGGGGGUCAUCGUGGCUCCACAGAUUGCGACCUGGAGUGCCUGGUGUGCCGGGAGCCCUACAGCAGUGCCCGGCCACCAAAGCUCCUGGGCUGCCAGCAUGCUUUCUGUGCUGUCUGCCUGAAGCUGCUGCUGUACGUGCAGGAUGACACCUGGUCCAUCACCUGCCCACUGUGCCGCCAGUCCACUGCCGUCCCCGGGGGCCUCGUCUGUACCCUGCGUGACCAGGAGGCCGUGCUGGGGCGGCUGGCCCGGCCAGGCCCCGAGGUGCGGCUCUGUCCUCAGGGGCUGGCAAAUGGGGCCACCUUGACUGCAGGACACCCCAGCUUAGCAGAAGAUGAGCAGGACGUGGCGAGUGCCAACAGCAUGGCAGCCCGGCGCCGCGCACACCUGCUCCUCCUGGUCUUGCUCAUCGCCCUCAUCCUGCCCUUCAUCUACCCAGGCGUCAUCCGAUGGGUGCUCAGCUUCCUCGUCGCCCUGGCCCUGCUGCUGUCUAUGAUUUUUUGCUGUCACCCCAACAGCCAGGGCAACUGCUGCUGGCCCUCCGCCAGGACCCUCUUCUGCAGAGAGCGGAAACACAGAGAGAUCGCCUCCAUUGCCUGAGCACGCUCUGACGGGUGGUCCCUGCACCACCUUCUGCCUCUGCGGCCCGCUUACUGGCACAGGGAACAGGGUAAGGGGCUACACCUCUGACCGGCUCCCUUGGGAGAUGAAAGCAGGACUUGCAAGCCAAAGCCAGAAUGGCUGUCUUGGGUCAAGAACUGUGUGCUUGGACGACAGACUUUUGCCGGCCCAGGCUACAGCACAGCUAGCUGGGGAUGAAGGAGGGGACACAAGGGACUUGAAUGCCUCAAGGGGGGAGGAUCCUCUUCCUCUUUUCCCAAUGCUCCUGGUUUGCACCUUGAUGAAAGUAUUGCAGAUAUUGAUGUUAUUGCAGAACAAAUAGAACAGAACUUUUUUUUUUUUUGCAAUUUAUGUAUCUGGCCUUUUCUUGGUUUGCUUUGGUUUGGUUGGGGGGGGUGCAGUUUGUUAUAUUUCUGGCUGGUGUGCAUUUCCCUCCUGGAAAGCCAGAGCCCACAGGAAGUCCUCCCGAGUCCCCCGAUUCUGCCUGUCUCAUGCCCAUCCCACCUCCCCAAAGGUCCUGGUGGUUCAGAUCUCUCUUUAGACUGCCCCCAAGGAUGAAGGGAGAGAAUUGUGUGCAGGACUGGUACCUCUGCUGCGGCGGGGUGGGUGACCACCUUUGGUUGGCAAGCUGGGGAGGACUGGAGAGGACACAAGUGGAUCUGGGAAUUUAUUCCCAGCAGCUCCACCAGGAUUUCUCAGCUCCAUGUCAUCAGAAAAUCUCAGGGUUACAAGGAAUCCCCCCACCCCCGCCCACCAGGGGUCCAGCUGCCCAUCUGAUGCAUACAGCCCCACACUCUUGAACCAAAACUUUAUGGGUGUUGAUUUCUUCAUUAUUGCAUCUCAGUGCCCAUCUGAGCUUUUGCCAUAAAGAUAAGAGGCUCCAUAAAUGCAACGGUCCUCUCCAAUAACCCCACCUUUCCUGCCUCCCCCUGAGAGUCCUGGUCAUCUGAAAGGCUUAUAUGUCUUCUCUCCACCAUUUCUGCUCCAUAAAGAGAGGAAGCUUCUGCAAGAGGGAUUGACCUUCUAUGGCUGCCAAGGUCAGGCAUCAGCCAUGGGGGACCCAUGGAGUGCAGGGGAGUGAAAGGUGAGAAAUGUCACGUUUUUUUCUUCCAAAGACCCCAUAAUUGGGAAGCAGACCGAAACCUCGGACAGGCUCGCUGGGCACAAUCCAUUGUCCCUCCCGCCCCCCUUUCUUUCUGGUGGAAUGACAGGUGCAGGCUGGAUGCUUGUUCAGGGCGAUGGUACCUUUGCCAGGAAAGGAUGGGAGAAUACCACCACCACAUCACGGGGAGGGAGGGAUCAUUGGCCCUGGCCCAGUGGUUGGGUGUGUGUUGCUGAGCAAUGCCUUUCAGCUCUCUGCGCCUCAUUUCCCCAAAAUGAGCUAGUAGGACUGGAUUAUUCCUAAGUCCCCUGAAGCAAAGAAGCUGAGGGCACUGCUGGGUCCCUACACAAUGAGCAUGAGUCACAUCCCCUGUGGAGUCCCACAAAGAAAAGUCAAAAUAUGCCAUUAGCUGUUCUUGCAAUCUGAAAAAAAAAGGAAAAAGGUCUUACUUUUUUGGGGAUGGGGGCUGCACCUAUGCCAUGCAAAAGUCCCCUGCCCAUGCCACAGCUGUAACCAGAGCCACAGCAGUGACCACACCAGAUCCUUAACCCGCUGAGCCGAAAGGGAACUCCUUUCUUUUUCCUAUAAGGUACUUCCAGGGCAACUUUGUGACAUCCACGCUAUUGGCCUUACUAAUUCCUGGUGCUGGAAGGGCGAGUGGCCAAUGCGUGUGGGCUUACCUGUGCUGACGUCUCAAGCCAAGGCCAAGGGGCCUGGAGAACACCCUGUCUCCCUGGGAUGAAUAAAUGACGAGAAUUAUUUGGCAUUUCCAGACCUGGCCUCAGGCAUGUGCAGUUUGGGAUGGUUGCCAGCAUGACAGGGAAUGACCUUCUCUCCUCGUUCCCCUCCACUCCCACCCAUCUAGUUCUUGGACCCUCCAGCAAGCAGAUAACUUCCACCGAGGUUUCAGUUACAAAUGACAACACCCAUCUACCAAAGCAAUGGUGGAUUCAUGUUUCCUGAGUGCUCACUAUGUGCCAAGCAUUGCAUUAACCACUUUUUUUAAUUUAUUUUUU